UAACUUAUGAAUUACAUUUAUAGAAAUCUUUUUCUACAGGAAAUUAUUUUUAUGAAUGCUAUUUGAAUCUAGUUAUAUUUUUCGACAUAUAUUUUGAGUAUUGCUUACGUGUUUUUAUUUUCCGCAGGUAAACAUUUGAACUAUGCGGUUACGCAUUCUUACUAAAAACUUCCCGUUUCUAUGUGAACAACUGACAACAGCACAGGCAAAAUUUCAACUGCUUGCAAAACAACAUUAUUAUCAUCGGACGACGAAAUAAUUAUUUCCGAUUCCACGUUCAACUGUAAGCGAUGCGAUUUGCCAAGGGUCACCAUUGUUACAAAGUAAUAAUCGCCGUAUUUGGGAAGAUCAAUAGUUGGAGAAAUUAUUCUUUCAAUCUUUUCCCACGUCACGUAGUCUAAAAUCUCAAGUAGAACUCUUGCCCAACGUUCCGUAAAUUUUAAAACAAUGAGAUCUUCGAGUAUGAGAAGUGUGUUCCGACUUCUGGAUCAUAUCAGCAGCAUUCUUUCCGUUCUGGCUUUAGUGUUGAUUUACAACCAUGUCUCAAAUAAGCACGAAACAGGCGAGUUGUGGCAAAGAGAGGUUUCAUCAAACUCUCCAUCACUGCCGGAUGACGCUAAGAAUAUCAUGGGGAAAUUACCAGUUCAAGUUUGGUCAAACGUUUGUGGCGGAAAAUUGUUUAAUUUACUCAACUCUCCUUUCUUUCCACGGUUCUUCGACGAGUUAUACUUCAUUUCGAACACAAGGAUUCAUUUAAAUCGAAGCAACUACGGCCAGCGUGUAUUCGGUUAUCUACACCCACCAGAAACCGGUUAUUACAAGUUUGUUCUGUAUUCUGAUGAUGGAUCAGAGUUCUGGUUUGGUGCAAAUCAGAGUUUAGGGAGUUUAAAAAUUGCCUCGAGCGUGGCCACACGUGAUCGCGUUGGCAGCGCUCCUGUCGGUGAAAUUUGCUUCGAUUCACAGAUUUCCGAUGAUUUUCUGCUCGAAAAGGGCAAUAAAUACCCCCUGGAGAUUAUUCAUCUGCAAGGCACUGGGGCUGAUUUUGUGGAACUGCAUUGGAUCCGACCUGGGAAGCAUUAUUUGGAGGUCAUAACAUCCGAGUACAUUUCACAUUCCGUGGAAUCGCAAUCGGUGUCUCAAAUUACAUCUUCGAAGGGUUCAUCAAAUAGUCAAUUAGGAAUUACAAAGCCUUAUCUCGUCUCGUUCCUCACGGACAGUGCUGUGGAACGCACGCUCUCCACGUGCAGCUAUACGCUUCCAACCGCGACUAAGCCGGGUAUGCGCCGUUUGCAGGGAAACAAAGCUAUUCAAGAAAUAAUCACAGUAACUAAUGAUGACCGGAAAUGGCAGGAAAAUGAGGAAGCUAAGUUGGUGGUAGAUCUUUUUGUGGCAGGACUCGAAAAAAUUUUCCCAAAAAAGUAUCUCGUCGAGAGAAUUCUUACCCUCGAGCGUAUGGUAACAAAUGAAGAGAACAAUGUUGUUCUUUACUUUCUAGAGAUAGAAUUAAGCUGUGAUGCUUUAGAUUACCCGGAGAGAGUCGCAGAGUAUGUCUAUUUACAAAACAACGAACAAGGUGAAAACCCACGAGGGAAGAACGCGCAACUUUGUUAUCCGAAGGGUCUGGACUGGAAGAAAGAAGUUGCAGUUCAUUUGAUUAUCGCCGUUGAUUGUGAAGGUCAGCGGCUACAUCGUUUUAUUGAAAGAGCGGAACAAAUUUUGCAAGGAAGCCUAGAGGUCGAUUUUCAGUUAGUGGUUAUACACUCUGGAAAAUUAGGCUUGGACGUCGAAAGGACUCUGCAAACCACGUCGUUGCAGAAGUACAAGGUUGAAAAAUUGAACGGGGAGUUCUCUUGGACGCGCGCCAUUAAUGCCGGAGUAAGACUGGUGCGGGAUGCUCAGAGUAUUGUUCUAACUACUGAUGUAUAUAUGGAUUUGGCGCCGGAGAUUUUUGAAAAUUGUCGAAAGCACUGCAUAGGAGGGAGGAUGGCAUUUGCGCCCAUCCUUUUCAGCUUAAAAUGUGGGGCGUUUCCUGCUGAACCGUAUGGAUCGUGGGAUGACCAUGGUUACCAGAUGAUUGGCAUGUACAAGAGCGACUGGAAUCGGCUUGGAGGACUGAACGAAGGCACUGCAGAUCAUUUAGCCGCCUGGGACUUGAUGGAUCGCAUUCUAUCCAGCGGUAUGUACGUGGCACGUGUGAAGAGUCCAAACCUGUUUCGCCUGUUUUAUCCCAAGCCACGUGAUUUGAAUGUUCCAGAAUUUUGAAGUUGUCAAUUUCAUAAAAGAGGAAGUUACUUGAGGAUAAAAAAUGACUUUAUAUAUAGCGAUAAAAAAGUUAGAAGUGGACAUCGAAUAAACAAGAGAGAAGUCUGUCACAACUUUUUGUAGAAAAGGAUCAAAUACUCCGUUUCGUUCUAACUCCCUUGUAAGCUUAAUCUUACAACGAUAAGACCGAAAUCAGUGUACAAGGAAUAUCAGAUAGAAAGACUGCACUCUCUGAGAUUCUUGAAAGUCAAUUUCUUUGCAAAACAGUAGACUUCUUUGGAAGUAUUUCAAUUGAUAUUUACCAAUCAAAUAAAAAACUGGCCUAUUUACGUAUUUCCAUUGGCCUGCUUCCAUUAGGCCUAGCUACAAGUUGCCGAUGAAUCCCAAAAAAGUUGCC